AUGACAACAUUAAAUUCUGAUAAUGAGUAUGAUUUAUCUCAUACCGGUCAAACAUCAUCAUCAUCACCGGGUCCGGAUAGUGGUUAUGCAGAACAUCAAAAUAAUGGUCAAACUGAAAAUGGUUAUAGUAUUGAUACAAAUGAUAGUCAAACUAUGAAUUCAUCACAAACAGGUAGUGGAAGUGGAACUGGUACAUUGACUGGAUCAAAACCAGAAGAUGAUAGAAAAUUAUUUGUUGGUGGUUUAACAUGGGAUACAACACAAGAAGAUUUACGAGAAUAUUUUACUAGUUUUGGUAAUAUUCUUGAUUGUUCAAUUAAACAUGAUCCAUCAACAGGACGUAGUCGUGGUUUUGGUUUUCUUGUAUUUGAUUCAAAAGAUAUUGUUGAAAAAAUUCUUUCACAAAAUGAUCAUUUUGUCAAAGGACGAAGAGUUGAUCCAAAACCAGCACAUCGUCGUUUAAAUGCAUCAAACAAUCAAAUGAAUAAUACUUCUAAUAAUAAUCUAUCAUCACAAAAUUCUUUAUAUGGUAUUGAUUCAUCAUCAUCAAUGUCUUAUGCUAAUAUGGGUAUGGGUGCUAAUUCGAAUCCAUAUAGUAAUAAUCGUAAAGUUUUUAUUGGUGGACUUGAUCCAUCAUUUCCUGAUUCACAAUUACGAGAAUAUUUUUCUAAAUUUGGUAAAAUUGAUGAAAUCGAUUUGCCUUAUGAUAAAGAAAAGAAUGAAAGACGUCCAUUUUGUUUUAUUUCAUUUCAAACUGAACAAGCAGCACAAGAAGUACUUCGAUUACAACGACAUACUAUAGGUGAUAUAAGUGUUGAUGUUAAACGUGCUAAACCAAAAACAUCAAAUAAUCAACAACAACGACUACAGCCGCAUAUAUAUGAUCCAUAUGGACAACAGGCUGGAUAUGGUAAUUAUGGAGCUGCUAUUUCAUCUUAUGGUGUAGGUGGUGGUGGCGGCGGUGGUUAUCAAGCCAAUGAUCCUUAUGCUCAUUGGAAUGCUUAUACAUACAAUCAACAAGCAAAUCCAGCAGCAGCAGCAGCAGCAUAUCCAUAUGGCAGUUCUGGUUCAACAGGUGCUCCUAGUCCAGGAAUAUCAUCUUAUUCUCAAUAUGCUGAACAUCAAUCGAAUUCUCAGUAUUCAUAUGCACCAUCAAAUGCAGUCAAUGCAAAUGAUUAUUAUUCUCAAUAUGCAUACGGUGCUCCACAACCAGCAGGUGUUAGUGGAGAUCCAAAUGCCUAUGGUAAUAGUGCUUAUGAUUAUGGCUCAUAUUAUCCACCCAUGAGUACAGGUAUGAGUGGCACAAUGGGUGAUAAUGGUAUAGGACAACAAUCAGAUGAUUCACCUAGUAAUCAAACUGAUUAUGAACACGACAAUCAUUGUGGCAAAGCCAAAACAUCUAUUGUUUCCAGUCCUACUUAUCAUCCAUAUUCUCGAAGUUAG